AUGGGAGUAUACGCCCUGGACCUCGGUCUCUCAGAAACACAAGCGGCUCUCCUAUUCUCCGUACUCGGUGGUGCAAAUAUGGUUGGUGAAAUUGCCGUGGGUUUUCUUGCCGAUCGCGAGUGGAUCAAUCCAUUGCUAUUAUACUUGUUGAUGCUUAUUGCUUGUGGAGUGUCGACCUCUUUAGUCCCACUUCUCACUUCAUUUCCUACCCUAUCGCUCUAUGCAGGCAUAUUUGGCAUGGGUUUGGCAGCCAAUGAUUCGCUGUGCACCAUACUACUGGUUAGUUUUGUUGGUCUUCACCACCUAACCAAUGCUUUGGGCAUAUGCUUCUUCUGCCAAGGAGUAGCUAACUUGUUCGGACCUCCGACGAUCGGCUACAUUAUCGAUGCUACCCAUUCGCAUAAUUGGGCUUUCAUCGUAUCCGGAAUCGGCCUCGUCCUCUCCGGUGUAGUUGUGUUUCCAAUCAUCAUACAGCGAAUUCGCCGCCGUCGCGCUCGUCGACUACGCCGGAAACAUACCGCUGAUGCUACCGCUGCGGCAUCUCGGCAAAUCAACCACGUCGACCUUCCGUCGGAGGAGUGCGCACCUGUU